AUUUUGUGUGCACAUGCGCAAUGCCUUUGGGCAGUGCAAUUGUUUAUUGUGGCUGGCGUCAGUGCUGAAAAGAAAUCAAAGUGUAAAAUGUUUUGUUGAUGGCUGCUGGUGCAUAUGGUUCUGGCUCUUGUCGCCUGCCCUGCCUGCUUGUGUGUGAGCGUUUGUGUGCACUGCUGCGACUGGGAAAAAGGCGCAAAACCAAAUCGCAACAAUAUCGUUCCUGUGAUAUUUUAAGUGUCGAAAAAACAUGACUAGCAGCGAACUGCCGCCUAUCAUAUUACAAGGCAAACAAUUGAUCAAAUAUCGCCACCUAAAACGAAAAUAUCCAGUGUCCAGGGAAUUCCUAAAUCGCAAUUGGUGGAACGUGAAGCGCUUUAUCAUCUAUGCCCUGACGCCACGCUGUGUCCUGCGGAACUACGCCUGGCGCAGGCGACGCAACAACCGUGUCGUUAUCCGGAAACGCGUUCGCAUCUGUCUCUUCGAUCCGCGCCUCAAGCGGAUGAUCAAGAGGCGUAAGAAGAACAUCAGAAAAUGGUCAUUUAGCAUCGUAAACCAUCACAAGAAAAUGGGCCACAUCGAGGAGCACGAGGAGACGGAGCUAUACAACGUGUCCGAGCCGCUGCCACCCGAGGAGUUGUCCAAGAAAAUGAAGCAACAACUGGAGCUGCUCAAGACUGGCAAACGGACUCUCUGCCUGAUAGAAGACUCACACAAAAAUGUCGAAAUGCUCGAAGCCAAAGAGAUCAGUCAGACUGCUGCCAAAAUAGGAUCGCAUGCCGAAAGGAUCGGCCAGGACAAUGGUCAGAGCGAAUGCGUUAAGCCAAUGGACAUCGCCCCCUCAAAGGAGACGGACGAGAAGACACCCACAAAGUCACCCGAAUCAAUGUUUUCCGGCCAGGAAGAUGCUCCUACGCCAGCCACUCCCAGCAAAGAGAAUACCAGCCAGACCAGUGCUUGCUCUAGUGCCGAAAAAGCUGACAAAUCGGAGAAAUCAGAGAAAUCCGGUGGCAGCAAGUUUUUGGACAUGCUGAUCAAUAAAGCGCGCGUCAAGACCUUCGCCCGGGAAUCGAAUUUACCUAUUGAAAACUGUCCAGCGUCCAUUCCUGCGUUUACAGCGGAAGAGGAUGGCAGCGGCGACUUUGUCGGCUUCGAUGAGAGCGUCCAUCAGCCGGGAAUGCUGCUCACUCCCAUAGUGCCACAGAGCUGCAAGACGUUGGAGGGGAAUUCGGCGUUCGUCAGCGAAUCUCUCGAUGCGUACAUGCGCGAGCAUCACAUCAACGAUGACAAGGAGAAACUCCUGGAGCCCAUGGGUCACGACGGGCAGGUAACCUCACACAGUUUGCCGCCACCCAUGGAUAUGCCAGCUGUUCCCGAGGCCCUGCAGCGGCUCCGCACGGUGGCCGAGCGUCGUUCGUACCUGCAGCGCUCCAAGAACCAAAAGAUGGCCAUCAUUAACAACGAGGCCAACAUUUACAGGGAGCUGCAGCGCAAGCAGCGCCAGCGGAAGGUCAAGAUUGCGGCGAUGCAGCACCUGCAGGCCUCCACCACUCAGAUGCCUUUCACCCGCCAGGGCUGGCAGGCGGCCAGCUAUGUGGCCACUGAAACGUCAAAGUAUUAUUAUCAGGUGAUCCAGGUGGACGGUAAGAGGGUUCGUCUGCCAGGUGCCCAAGGCAACAAUCUGCAGCGGGAGAAGCGUCCUUACAAGAGCAAACUGACGCCCCAGGAGGCGGCCACAGUCUAUUGCAACGACCUGUGCUUGGACGCAGCGAUUCAACCCAAGCUGAAUAUUCUACCCACUACAGCGACGAAUGCCAUGCAUCACAAGCGGCUCAAUCAGUAUCCAGUAUCUGCCAUCUUUCCACCCUGUCCGCUGUCGAUGAAGCCGCUACAGAAGCCAUUGGAUGACGACACGGCAGCCCUUUUGCUGGCCGGCGGCAGCAUGGCUGUGGUCAGCAUGCCCACCGUCCAGCUGGAAGUAAUGCCACAGCUGGGGCGGCCACUGGACGAGAUUGCCAGGCGGUAUCUGCAGCAUAUUCUGCCCCAUCAUGACAUAACCAGAGAGUGGGCCGAGUUUAGUGUGUCGACGCUGCAGCAGCAGCCGCCUGUUUGCAUGAAGGAGGCCGAGGAGCAGGCUUCCCAGACGGCAGCCGGUAGACGGAAGAGCUUCACCUUCGUUAUUCCCUAUACAAACGAUCGAAAUCACAUCCUAGUGCGUCGCGUCGUUGAUCGGUCUGAAAAGAUGGAUCCCAGCUUCUACCAGGAGCCACACAAGCUGCAAAAGUUCGGUUUCCGUAAGGCUCUACCCCAGGAGCCCGACGCCGAUAUGCUAGACUGUGCAAACAUGAUCAAUGACAUGAUCAACACGGUGGCCAUCAGCUGCAGCGAGAAUAGCUUCAUCACCGAGGAUACUCUGACAAUGGACGAUCCCGCAGCGAUAAGCAGCCCACCGAAGCCUGCCGUCGACCUGAGUCUCGUCAAGGAGGAAGAUGACAAGUCCGUGGGGAAUUGGAAGCGUCGUCCCACCAAGCAGAAGCGACUGGCCAAUGAGUUGCGUCGUCUCAAUGCCACCAUCAUAGAUGCGGCCGCCAGGAAUGCGGAUGCCAAAAAGCCUUGCAUCAAGGAACACUGCCAGCUGGGCUGCCUUUGUGCCAGUCUGAGCGGAGCCGAGCUGCCGAUGCGGGACCAUUGCGGACGCGCCGACUGCGUAAUCGAGUGUCAUUGCCUGGGCGGCGAACAGUCCCGAGUGAUGCGAGUGAAAACGGCCGAUGGGCGAAGCAUCUCCAACGAGGAUGCGUUCAAUUUGCGACGCAAGGCCACUGCUCGACUGGCCAAAAUGGAGAAGGAUUUCACCUCGACACUGGUGCUCACGGAUAACGAAACGCUGCUGAUAAACGAGUCGCAGGGCGAUAAGAAGCGACGCUGCACCAAGGCCCCCAAACGCUACGAAGACUUUGACGACUCGAACAUGUUUGACGACGACGACGAAAUAGUCUCGCCCUCCCGGAUCACAUCGAAGAGGAAUGCUGUGACUGCGGCUGCCACGGCGGCAGCUGCUGCGGCGGCGGCUUCGGCGGCAGCUGCUGCUAGCGCUAAGAAUGCCGCUGCCGCUCUCACCAAGAGCUGCACCGUGAAGGACACGGAUCUGGCCAAGCUGAAGCAUUGCCUUGUUUCGAUCCGUCGCCUGCGCGAUGUGGGCAACCUAGCACCCUUCUGCAUGACUCAUCAGCUUUACAAGUGCUUCUGUGGCGGCGAGGCCACCGAGGGAAAGCCCGUGAUCAUCGAGAAGGAGCAGUGGAACGCGACCGUAUCCCAUUACAACCCAGAGCUGGCCACCCGAGCGCACUAUAGCUUUGAGCGACAACCGGAGGAGCAACAGCCUAAGAAGAGGGGAAGGAAAAAGCAAAACCCACCCGAGCUGGAGGUGGCUGAAAAGGAGGAGGCCACGGUACUGCCGGUGCCGCCUUUGCCGAAACUAGAAGGGAUGCUGGUUACAAAGCCUAAAGUUGUUUUGCCCAAGUCCCCAAAGAAUGUGCGUAAAGACGAGUGUACGCCGAAGGUAGCAGUAUCUUCCGCAUCUUCGACACCUUCCGCAUCUCCCGCACCUUCCGCAUCUUCUGCACCCUCCUCAAAACAACAUCCUCGCAUAUCGUCUCCGCAUGAACGUAGCGUUGAGCUGGACAACAUUUACACCUACUACAUUUCGCGUCCCUAUCUCUGCCGUCGUGCCGUAGCCGUGCCCAGGCGUUCCUAUACACGGCGGAAUCGCUGUCGCAUGGAUAUCACCCGCGAUUACGUAACUGAGACGGAGACGACCGAGAAGCAGGAGCUGCUCAGGCGUCGCAUUGAUGGCGCCGUUUUCUUCUAUCGCAAGGAGUUGGAAAAGCAGAGACGUCGACAGUUAAUCCAGCAGGCUGAGAGCCAGGGCCGGGUCGAGGCCCCGGUCAUCGUCGUGCGGGACGACUCGGAUGAGAGCGAGCAGACAGGAAGCCGAAAGCGGAGUGUACCGUCGUCAGGCCGUCAGAAUGCGCCACCUAUGCCUCCCAGCAAACGCACCAAACUGCAAUCAGACAGGGCUCCGAUGGAGAGUGGCAAGCUUCAUUUGGAUAUACAAGUGCCACGCAUUUCAGCCUGCUACUCGCUGAAUUCCGCCUCUGUGGACGUGCUAGGGGCUGGCAUGAAUACAGCGGCCGCUGCUGCCGUGGCUGCUAGUGGCAUAGGGCCCACCCCGGCCGAUGCGGACUCGCCCAACUUCCGCUCCUUCUACAACGAGGUGGUGAAGAACAUGAACUCGCUGGUCAGCAAGAAGAUGCAGGACAUUGAUUUGGCCCUGCAGCGCGAGAGCAAAAUCAUACCAGCACCCAACGAGGAGAUUCUGUGCAUCAUCAAGUGGACCAACUUCCUGGCCGCUUACGAAUGUAACUAUGUGUACAUUUGGAUUGUACAAAUGAAGACGUACACCUUCCUGGCGGCCACCACUACCAACCUGAUGCCUGCAGUGUGCGGCGCCAUCGCCAUUGGGGACACCAGAUUCGCUUCCGCCAACCCCGAUACCCCUAUGAUGGCGCGCAUGCUGAUGGAUAGCAAGCGAAACGAGUACACCAGCCGACUGGCCGUGGUGAUGCAGGGCAGGCAGAGCUAUUGGCUGGUCAAGGGCUUUUUGCGCCACAUGCAGGGCAGCGCCUGCACUAAGCCGACGCCUCAGACGCAUCCACUGCUCACCAAGAAGAUAAACGUCCUCUGCUCGCUGCUGGUGAAGCAGCGCAUUCGUGAACACCAGAAGAAGCCUGCUGCCCCUGAUGCUCCGGCCAUUACGAUUGUGCCAGAGGAACAGACUCCAUCUACAUCUACACCUACAUCUGCAUCUCCAUCUCCAUCUGCAUCUGCAUCUGCAUCUGUAUCUGUGGCUGCUUCAGAAGCUGAUCUAAGACCAGCAGCCUCCUCCAAUCAGGCCCUCACAAAGGCAAACGCUUCCAACAUCCGCACGAAUAUCGAGUUCCGCAAGGUCACCCGCAACGAUGUGGAUGAACUGGAUAUACCCGAAAGUUACCAGGGUGACCAUCGUUGGGUGGUGCUGGAUCUUGUCGAUGACUUCUCGCACAUCUUUGUGCCCGCCUUCGGGGAGAUGAUAUCGCUGGACAGGAUACACAAGGUGAUGCGGGUGGCCCGUGAUAAGAAUAAACUGGUGAAGCUUCAGUUCUUCCACCAGGCCCCAUACGAUGCAUUCGUAACGGCCGCCUCUCGAAAGAAGAUCUACUUCGGGCCGCUGCGGCUAGAUAUGUCGCCACCCGUUCUGGUGCUGCUGCAGAGCGUCGAUGGCAAGAUGAUGCUGCGAGAGGUCUACCAGAGAGAGCAUUCCAUUCCCGUUCAGCCCCACCACCGGAGCAUGGCCUUUUGGGUGCUCAAAGUUCAGGGACAGCUGCACUUUGAGAUCGAUAUGGAGGAUCAGAAGACUCUUACUGAUUCCAAUGCCCCGCAGAUCCCUCUGCCAUCCGCUGGGAACCUAGUUCCGGUUCCGUUUCCUGGCAAUCCCAGCGAACAGUUGGUGCCCGCCAACGAUUUGCCGGUUGUCAUCAUCGACAGCGACGACGAAGAUGAAGAAGUGUCGGAGAAACAUGUAAAAAAAAAGGACCAGUGUGCGAACGAGAAGCCAAUGGAGACGGUGACAGAUCUUGAGCCGGUGGUGGAACCUCUCCCACUGUCCGAUCCGGAGAGAGUGCAGGCGCUACCGCGCAUGAACUUUACCAUUCAAACAAUUCCCAGCAGUGGGGCCCUGCAUAUCACCCCAGACACCGCCACUCCAGAUGCUGCCCCAGAAUCCUCCCUUCCAGACAGUACCGCGACCAACUGGCAGCUGACUGGCUCCUUUGUACCCUUCAUAGCCAAUGUGCCGGCGAUUGGGGUUCAGGCGCCCACCACCCAGUUCCUCACACCCCAGGUCCAACUCACCCAAACAGUAGCCGGCGCCGCCCCCGAGCCAAGUCCAUCCAAUGUUACUUCCUUGGACCCGCCGGCUCCUAAGAUGGGACGCUUCAGUUUUGGCGCCAGGAUCAACGAAUCGCUGCAAGAGCUACUGAGCAGCGGCACCCCGACAGCCCCAGCCACAGCAACAGCCACAGCCCUGCCUGCCAGCAUAACCGUCACCAAAAUGGAUGGCAAUGAAUCCAAAGCAACUUCCAAAUCACUAGGCAAGGGCUGUGAAGCCAUCAAGAUUGGCACCAAGCGUAGUGUCUCUGGGGGGCCUAGACAUUUGCCAAGACUAUUACCUAAACCGACUCCCGCGUCUACAGAGAAGCCACGCGCAGCCACACCUACAGCGUGUACAUCCAAGGCUGGGCCCACCAUUAUCCAGCAGUCGGCAACUACCUUCUCCAUAGGUAAUCAUCAGCCGAUACGACCACGUCCUACACCGCCAGUAGGACCCGCCACCGCAAGGGCGGGCACCUGUGUGAGGUUGUACCCCUCCAGGGUAGGACCGUCCACCGCCAACAAAGGAGCACGAGCGGUAAAAGACCCACCGCCGGAAACGGCUCCGAUUUCUGCGGCUGCUGGGGAGGUGGAACCGGCAAAGAAGGCAAACCCACCGUACGUCCGUGCCACUCCUGGUCGGAUGGUCGCCCGCGUCUCUUUGCCUGGCCAACCGUCUGCUGCCGCGGAGCAGGCCCGCUCGCGGCCAUCCCUGCCAGCCAAAAUACCGACGGCGCAAAGUGCGACUCAAACGGAAGGGGUGGCGACAAAGUGUACAUAUGGCUAUAUGGUGUCUAAUGGACUGCCAAGCUAUCGCACCAAGCUGUCGGGCGACGAUUUCUUUCUAAAGAUGCCACAUGUGGGAAUUCUGCGCUUCGCGAAUCGCGUGACUGCUGGCGCCUACCUCAAUCGCGAACUCAUGCGGAAGACGGAAUGCAGGUCCAUGCUGCCAGCCGACUGGAAGUUCCGGCCGGACCCACAGUCGAUUGUGAGGCAACAGACGACAACCGCGAAAGGGCCAGCAAAGGAUCAAGAGCCACCGGCCGCCAUUGAAAUCGAAGAUUGAUCCCAAAAAUAGGAAAAGAAAAAACCACUGCUGUCGUCUCAUUACAUGAACAAAAACACUUUUUGUUUAGUUUUAAGAACUAUGUAUAUGCUAUAUACUGCACAUACUUUACCAAUCACGCUCAUCAUCGUAUCGUAUGUCUGUCUGAUACAUAUGAAAUAUGUAAACUAUCUAGUUUGUAACUUAAGUUGAUCAUGAUCCAAUGUUUUUUAUCUCUAAGCUAUUUUUUUAUUUACAUAAGUUUAAGUUUAUAAAAAUGUGGAUUUAAAUUCAUUUCGUUCGACCGCUGGCCAGCUGUUUCUUUGUUCCAGUUCCACUUGGCUUCAGCUAUCUGAAAGUUGGUUGCAGAACUAUUUAUAUAUAUUAGAUUGUGUGCUUUCUUUCUUUGGAAAGCAAAUGUUUCCAACUAAACUAUUUCACACAG